AACUUCAGGAUGGUCGCUCUCAGUUACAAACGUAUGGCAGACAGACUCAACAGCAGCAUAGAAAAGUUGCGUAAGAAAAGCCAAACAUUAUUGGCAAAAGUUGAUGAAAAUUCCAAGAGAGUUGAUGAAGAAGUGAAGAAAUUGCGUUCGCAAAUAUUAACUCUGAUUAAUUAUCACAAUCACGAGAGUCGAGGUGACUAUGUAGGGCGAAACAAUAAUUCCUGGAAGUUACGCAACGACUCGAGCAGGAUCAACGCUGUUCUAUGCCCAGAUUACUAUCACCUUAGACCAAGACGUGCGAUUGCUUCGGUACCGGACAUGACGUCUGCUGCAAAACUAACGCUAACAUCUAAGAAACCUCGGGAACAUUACAUGCCCAGGAAGCCGGUGAAAGAAUGUUAUUGUUACCCGGAGGUGCACAAGGUGAACCUGAGAACUCGACGAAGAGCUGUGUCACCUUGCCAUCGGUGCAGGAGCCAAUUCGAGCUCAAACCAGUCAAGGAAACCGUCGACAGAGCAGCCUUGACCUCGUCGAUCAGCUGUGAGACAUUCAGGAGAGUUCAGAAAAUCGACUACAUGCCCAGAUCCAAAUUCCUCCGCAAUGUACAGAGCAGGCUCUGCGAGUGGCCGUGCGGAGGCCAAGGUGACUGUUCGCGAACGUGUCCUCGGUCGUCGAGUUACCACAGAAUCAUGACGGGCACGAGGAUGCAGGAUGUCGACUCUGAUCAAGAUACAACGGGCUCGAUGGAAAUCAAACGUGUCGAGGAACAGAAGUCUCCGGCAACUCCGAAGGCACCUGCCAACUCGAUAGCCGGCGAGUCCGAUCGCGAUAACGACGUAGGCACUUCGAGCAAAGAAACCCAAACGUCUUUGCAAUCCAAGUCAACGUUGAGGAAGACGAUCUCCUCGACGAGACCGAUAUCGAGGUUACCGACUCGAAGUGAACAAACGCGACCGUGCGAGCAUGAUCGCCGUUCUUGUUGCAGGGACAAAUCGGAUGAGGCCGCGAGGCUCGUUGGAGAGGAAUGUGAGAAAAGACAUUCGUCAAGAUAUCAUGAGCGAAGAAGUCGACGCACGCAGUCGAGACACGACGACGAUUCAACCGGCGACGACUCAUUGACUGAUGAUUCUAUCGACCAAGAAAUGAAAGUCCUGAGGAGAUUUCGAGAGCAGAACUACUUCGAGACGCAUGGAUCGAGCCACACGCUGGCGUCAUCUAGGUCGUCGGGAUCGUUGGAGCAAUAUCUGCUGAACGAGCGACUGUUUCCGGAGCCAGUGGGCAAGAUCCACAAGCAGGACCUGGUAGUGACGAUGCCGCCAUGCGCGACGACGGAGAGGAAGCGCAUCCAUUACUUCCCUAGGCACGUGGUAUGUCAAGAGAAGAGUGUGUACAAUACGAAUUACAGGCGGAGACGACACCAGAGCUGUCCUCUGACCGGCCAUGCCAUCGAUCUCGGGAUCCUGAAAGUCAGACCACCGCUGAACAGCUUAGCGCUCAAAUAUCAGAAGAGAGCUCUUUGAUGAGACGAAGGCGGAACCGUGGAAAUCCUGAUCUCCCCUGCCUUUUCGUAUGACAGAUUUUUGUAUCGAUACGGAGAUAGUUUUCUAUCUCGAGAUUUACAAUAACUAGACUCUAACAAUCGUCAUAACGUAGCUUUUAUAUGUAUACACUUUUGUAAAUAAUAAUUUGUGUAAAAAUAAAUUCACUCCUUUUCACAUCUACGGAAUAUUCCCGCACUAGUAAAUGUGAUCUAAAUGUUUGCUCGUACUAUUGCGUUUAGUAUCAAAUUCAUCGAACUCGUGCUUUUAUUUCAGAUCAAAUGAGAUUGUUAAAAUUGUGCUUCCUAACGGCAAGAAGUUGUAUCGCGUUGCUUUCAUCAUUAUGUACAAAAUACGAAAUAUCAAACGGAAAAAAUAAACAAUUUAUAUACAACGUAUCUUUAAGACAGGAAUGAGACAUAUGCACAUACAUUCAUACAUUAAUUUGAAGUAUAUGAUAUACCAUUAUUCCUCUUCAUUAUUAUAUUAAUGAGCAGUUCGCGUUUUCGUACGCAAUCUAUGCCAAUAACCGACGACAAAAGUGAUGUUAAUCAUUCACAAUAGCAGUUGCAAUAAUAUUGUUUUUCCUCAGGUUCUUGUUUGCAUAUUUCAAAAAGAUCCUUACGCACAUUUGGUUAAGCCUCCUGACUAUUCAUUGUGACUGUCCUUGUUUAAUGAUGUCAGAAACAAGAAAACGCAUGUCAAAAUUUCUUGCAUUAUACUUUCAAAUAAAAAGAUAUGUCAAAACUGAAAUUUGUGAUCAAUUCAGCAUACUUGUAAAAUUGUUGGAUUAUAAUGUGCCUACAACCUUUCUGUAUAUGCAGUAUAAACUAU